AUGCUCGGAGCAAUUCACAAUAAAUUCACCAACAAAAACAGCGGCAAGCCCAUCUUGGAAGGCAACCUCCCAGCCUCAUGGUAUACAGAGCCCCUGUUCUACGAAUUCGAGCGCCGCGCAAUCUUCUCCAAGCACUGGCUGCUCACCACGCACCGUCUGCGCCUCCCAGAAGCCGGAAGCUACCUCCGCUUCGAGAUCGCAGGGUUCGACUUCCUCCUCAUCAAGAACAAGGAGGGUACCAUCCAGGCAUUCCAUAAUGUCUGUCGCCACCGCGCGUACCCGCUCAUUGACAAGGACGCCCCGGAUGAGGGGAAGAGGUCGAUUCUGUCUUGUGGAUAUCACGGCUGGUCGUAUAACCUCGAUGGAAAACUAACCAAAGCGCCCAAGUUUGAUGACCUCCAGGACUUUGAUGCGGCGGAGUAUAGUCUCUUCAAGAUCCAUACCCACGUCGACAAGAUCGGCUUCGUCUGGGUGAACCUUGAUGCAGCUGAGACUCCUAUCCCCUGGGAUAAGCUGAAUGGAGGCACAGACGAGCAGCCCAGACUAGACGACUUUAAUCUGGACGACUAUGUUUACCACCGUACCUGGACCACAAACGGGAAAUACAACUGGAAAGUCGUGGGAGAGAACUACAACGAGUGCUACCACUGCAAAGCAAGCCACCCUGGAAUCACCAAAAUCACCAAUCUGGAGCGAUACACCGUAACGCCACACUCAGGCCGCUUCGAGCACUCACCCCCAAACCGCGACGACAUCAAGCCCGCGGACUUUGAGUACUUCGGCAACGGCGCCUUCACGUAUAAUUUCCCCAACACGUCGGUGAACCUGUCGACGCCGUACUUCUUCAUCAUGCGCGUCGUCCCAACUUCCGCAACAACAGUUACAACAGAAUACCAGGUCUUCCGCAACCCAACUUCCCCCGGGGAAGCGUUUGACCGCGCCGCUGCGUUCUUCGAGGGGAUUGAGCUGGAGGAUUAUGACUUGUGUAACGGGGUGCAGAGGAAUUUGAAUUCCGGGGUUUAUGUGCAUGGGCCGUUGCAUGGGGCGAGGGAGAGCGGGGUGUUGUAUUUCAAGGAGCUGGUGCAGAGGGAGUUGAGGGAGCAUUGGGAUAGAGAGGUGAAGAAGGGAGAGGAGAUUUGGCCGGCGCAGAGGAGGCAGCAGUUGCAUGACAAGGUGCCUGAGGAGGAGCAGUUUGCGAGGGAUGUUUGUGCUUGUGGGAUGAAGAGGUGUACCUAG